AACCGAGGCAAUACCCGAAAAGCCCAGACUUAAAAAAAAAUUAAUAAACCCUUGACGGGAGUUCCAUUCUUAAAAAAUGGUAAGAGUGGCAUAAUUUGAUUCUUGAUGUGACAACUUGUCUAUUGCAGUUUAGCACCGACCAAGACUCCAGAAGACUCUAGGGCAGGCUAUCGAGUAUUUUUAACAUAUUAAAUGGGCCGUAAUCGUGGCCCACUUUACACCACUCGAUCAGUGAUCCAUCUCCAGUUAAAUAAUCCCAAACCCUCGUACCUAAUCAUCUCAAAAUCAUGCGACCAGAGGUUUCUUGAAAGGGUUUAGUGAUCGCAGAAGAAGGGCCUCCAUCUUUCCACGCCCGACCACCGAACAAAGACAAGAAGCUGUUUAUUAAAUUUCUUGUUUCUGGAAAUGAGUUCCUCUGAGACAUCUCACCUAGCCACCGCCAAAACAGCUCUCACGGCGGUUGCAUCGGUGGCUGCAGCCGCAAUGCUCGCUCGAACAGUGAUCCAAGACUACAUGCCAGCGGAGGUGCAUGACUUCAUCUCUUGUGGUAUCCGCAAAUGCUUCAGCUACUACGGUUUUCAAAUGACAGUUGUGAUUGAAGAGUUUGGAGGCUUUGAAAACAACCAAGUGUUUGAAGCCGCAGAGGCUUACCUAGCCUCCAAGAUAUCUCCUUCCACUAGAAGGAUCAAAGUCAACAAACUUGAGAAACAGAGCAACUUCAGCGUCACGGUCGAACGCGACGAGGAAGUUGUGGACACUUUCGACGGCGUCAAGCUGAGCUGGGUCCUCGUGUGCCGUUCCGUGAAGAAGAAGGAUUUUCGUAACCCUCGAGACCUGAACUCUACUUUGAAGUCAGAGGUGCGUUCUUACGAGCUCAGGUUCAACAAGAAGUUCAAGAAGAUGGUUCUUGAAUCUUAUUUACCGUUUGUGGUGGAACAAGCUGCUCUGAUAAAGCAAAAGACUAAAACGCUUAAGAUCUUUACACUUGGUUCGUAUUCCGAUUGGACCUCUGUGACUCUCGACCAUCCUUCCACGUUUCAAACUCUUGCCAUGGAUCCCGAGGAAAAGAAGAACUUGGUAGAGGAUCUUGAUUGUUUUGUGCAGCGUAAAAGCUUUUACGGGAGAGUAGGGAAAGCUUGGAAGAGAGGGUACUUGUUGUAUGGUCCACCUGGUACAGGAAAGUCGAGCUUGAUCGCAGCCAUAGCUAAUCAUCUUAACUUUGAUAUCUAUGACUUGGACUUGGCAUCGGUUAAGAGUAAUGCUGAGCUGCGUAUGUUACUGAUGUCUACUGCAAACCGUUCGGUUUUGGUUGUAGAAGAUAUUGAUUGUUCCAUCGAGUUUAAGGAUCGGACUACUGAUGAGCCUAGUGAUCUUCUGGAUAAACCGGUCACACUGUCUGGUCUAUUGAAUUUUGUGGACGGACUAUGGUCAAGUUGUGGUAACGAGCGGAUCAUAGUGUUCACGACUAACUACAGAGAAAGACUGGAUCCGGCAUUGUUGAGGCCAGGACGUAUGGACGUGCACAUUCACAUGUCUUAUUGCACACCCGCUGGUUUUAAGGUUUUGGCUUCAAACUAUCUUGAGGUUGAAGAUCAUAAGCUUUUCGAGGAGAUUGAGGAACUUAUCCGGGAAAUAAAAGUUACACCAGCAGAAAUAGCUGAACAGUUGAUGAGGAACGACUCUGUGGAUCAAAUACUCCAUGGAUUGAUCGUGUUCUUAAGAGCAAAGAAAUUUGAAAAUGAUGAAAGGUAGGCCAAAAGAUAAUAGUUAAAUAGCUUAGAAGAAAACUCUCUCUUCAUCUCAGAGAUAUUUUAAUUAUCAUUUUAUUUUUCACUUAUUUAAAAAUGAUGAAUAGUUGUCCUAUUCUUUGUUGUUUUGUUGAUAGAAUGUUACUAAAAAUCCUUUUUGUUUUCA